AUGUGGGGACUGGUGCUGUGCAGAAGUGCUCUGUGAGUCUUGUGGAGACACUGAAGGGGUUUCACAUCUCACUUGUCUGGCAGUUGCACCAGAAGGAGUGCUGUGAGCUUCUCAGAAAUUCUUAAAGGGGUUUUGGAAUUGCCCAGGCCGUGGAAAUAGGAAUUACAGGCAAAUCUUACUCAGAACAAGGGGGAGGGAAGUUCCACCUAGUACCUGGCAACACAAAUUUCAACCUGCUCUGGUGGGUGGGCCAUGGUGGUGCCAGUGGUGGUAAUUUUCCCACAAACAUCUGUAGGUAAAACUCUGCCCCCUUACAGAACCACAGUUUUCAUCACCAUACAGUGCACUUUUAACUCCUUGGAGCAAAGUUCGCUAUUCAUAAGGCCUUUAUAGUUACAAAACUGUGGCCCGUUCAGGUGGUUUUCCAAAAAAAUGGAAAAACCUGCCCCCCAAAAGGCCACUAGUUCUUGCAAAAUUGGAAUUUACUUGUACUUAACUGGGAAUGACAGUACAGAAAUGAGGCAGCGCCGAAUAGAAGUUAACGUGGGGCUCAGGAAAGCUAAGAAGGGUGACCAGAUGCUGAAAAGGAGAAAUGUCAGCUCUUUUCCAGGUGAUGCUGCUUCUCCACUGCAGGAAAACCACAACAACCAAGGCACUGUAAAUUGGUCUGUUGAUGACACUGUCAAAGGCAUAAGUAGCAACAAUUUGGAAAGCCAAAUCCAAGCUACUCAAGCUGCUAGGAAACUGCUUUCUAGGGAAAAACAGCCCCCCAUAGACAACAUAAUCCAGGCGGGUUUGAUUCCAAAAUUUGUGUCCUGCUUGGGCAGAACUGAUUGUAGUCCCAUUCAGUUUGAAUCUGCUUGGGCCCUCACUAACACUGCUUCCGGGACAUCAGAACAGACCAAGGCUGUGGUAGAUGGAGGUGCUAUCCCAGCAUUCACUUCUCUGUUGGCAUCUCCCCAUGCUCACAUCAGUGAACAAGCUCUAUGGGCUCUAGGAAACAUUGUAGGUGAUGGCUUGGUUUUCCGAGACUUGGUUAUCAAGUAUGGUGCAGUUGACCCGCUGUUGGCACUUCUGGAGGUUCCUGAUUUGUCAUCUUUAGCGUGUGGUUACUUAUGUAAUCUCACCUGGACACUUUGAAAUCUUCGUCCCAACAAGAGUCCUGCACCAGCCCCCUUAGACGCUGUUGAGCAAGUUCUUCCUACUUUAGUUCGUCUCCUGCAUCACGAUGAUCCAGAAGUUUUAGCUGAUACCUGCUGGUCUAUUUCCUACCUUACCGAUGGUCCAAAUGAACAGAUUGAAAUGGUUGUGAAAACUGGGGUUGUACCCCAACUUGUGAAGCUUUUAGGAGCUACAGAAUUGCCAAUCAUGACUCCCGCGCAAAGAGCCAUAGGGAAUGUUGUCACUGGGACAGAUGAACAGACUCACGUUGUAACAGAUGCAGGAGCACUUGCCAUCUUUCCCAGCCUGUGAACAAACUCCAAAACAAAUACUCAGAAGGAAGCUACGUGGACAGUGUCAAACAUUAUGGCUGGCCGCCAGGAACAAAUACAACAAGUUGUACAUCAUGGAUUAGUCCCGUUCCUUGUUGGCAUUCUCUCUAAGGCAGAUUUUAAGACACAAAAGGAAGCUAUAUGGGCUGUGACCAACUAUACAUGUGGCGGAACAGUUGAGCAGAUCGUAUCCCUUGUUCAUUGUGGCAUAAUAGAACCGUUGAUGAACCUCCUAACUGCGAAAGACACCAAAAUUUUUCUGGUUAUUCUGGAUGCCAUUUCAAAUAUCUUUCAGGCUGCUGAGAAACUAGGUGAAACUGAGAAACUUAGUAUAAUGACUGAAGAAUGUGGAGGUUUGGACAAAAUUGAAGCUCUGCAAAACCAUGAAAAUGAGUCUGUGUACAAAGCUUCAUUAAACUUGAUUGAGACGUAUUUCUCUGUGGAGGAAGAGGUAGAUCAAAAUGUUGUGCCAGAAACUACCUCUGAAGGGUUUACAUUCCAAGUUCAGGAUGGCACUGCUGGGACCUUCAACUUUUAGACUGUACACCUGAGGCAUUAAGUUGUUUGUUGUGUACUGUGUUUGACAGAAGUUUGUCUUACUGUUUCUCUACUAAGAACUCUUUUUAUACAUGGUUUGUUAUUGUAGCACUUUUUACAAAGAAACUAUACUUGAACAGUUCUAAACUGCACAUACUGUAUGAAGCUUCUCCUCUCAAUGGGUUUCUUAUUUCUAUGUGGAAUUUCAUAUCUUGCAGUGCCCUGUAAAUAAAGAUUAAAUUCCACCCUUUUCUUUACUUCAAAAAAAAAAA